AUGUCUGACGACGAGUCGGAGGACGAGCUGGAGGCCGAGUCGGAGGCCGAGCCGCAGGCCGAGCCGGAGGCCGAGCCGGAGGCCGAGCCGGAGGCCGAGCUGGAGGCCGAGUCGGAGGCUGAGUCUAAGGCCGAGCCGGAGGCCGAGUCGGAGGCCGAGUCGGAGGCCGAGCCGCAGGCCGAGCCGGAGGCCGAGCCGCAGGCCGAGCCGCAGGCCGAGCCGGAGGCGGCCUUGCAAGAUUGCAGGGGCGCGAGCGCACACCAGAUUAACGGGCAAAUAAAGCGAAUGGCCUAUGCCAGGCUACCAGGAUCAUUAUCGAAAGCAGACGUGUCCAAGACGCUUUCGUCUGAAUCUCAGAGGAAUCGCAAGACAAGGAAAUUGCUCUUAAAAUGCUGUCUCUCUGAUGCACAUUUAGUCCCAAAAGCUAAGGGCCCAGAAGCAACCUCUGCAAUAUUGCAUAUCUUGCACAGGAAAAGUAGCAUUACAAAACAUUACAAAAGCCUUGUAAGGCGUGAGAUGAGGCCAGAGGUCCCGCGCAGAUGGCGCUGGCUUGAGACGUGGCCGGUUCUCAAAGGCACCGACGACGUGACCCUGAUCUAA